GCCAUAAAGCGAAUCCAUACACAAAAAGGUAAACAUGCCGCGUGAAAUCAAGAAUCUGAAGGAGUUCCUUGCCAUUUGCUCCCGCAAGGAUGCCCGGUGCGUGAAGGUAAAGCACAAUCCGAAGGUUUCCAAGUUUAAGGUUCGCUGCAGUCGCUACCUCUACACUCUCGUCGUGGCAGAUAAGAAGAAAGCUGACAAGAUCGAGCGCUCGAUCCAUCCUUCUGUGAAGAAGAUCACCGUGACGGCGCGCAGCCAUGCCCGAACUAACUCUAGCUCCAAGUAGGUUGCGCAUGGUUCGACUUUCUGUUCCUUCAUUGUUUUGACGUAUGCUGUCAUAUGCGCAUGAUAGACAAUGGAACGGCGGAUCGCUUUUAUGCAUUACAUAAGUUUGUUUUUCAACGUAUUUUCCUAAAUAAUUAAAUCACUUACUAAGGUUUAGUUAA